GACAGUCUCACCUGACGAGUGACGGUUCUUAGACACUCCUAAAGAUUUUUGAACAGUACGUUGACCUUUGCAAGGUAGAAAAGAAAGGCAAAUGCUUGCUACAGGUAAAAGAAGGAACGCAGAGGCAGCGCUGUGAAGAAUGAAGGAUUUCACAUCAGCCUGGAAUCAAAUUCUAAGAAAAAGAAGUACCACAGACCAAGGAAGGUAACAGUCAUAAAGUUCAGACAAGAUGGAUAAUUCCAGCCUAUAUAGCUGACAGUGUCUCAGGAUGUAUUUUUAAUUCUAAGAGUCUGAGUAUCAUCAUUGUUACGUACAUCUAAAGAGGUUUAUGGCUUCAGCUAAGGAAAACCCUGCAAUCAACAUGGCACAACUGCCUCUUAUUAAUAAGUAUACUGCAGGUGCGGCACCUCGUGUGGUAUCAAAAAAUGGCCAGAGCAACAUCCGAAUUGACCAUGUUGAUGGCCUGUGCAUGCUCUAUCUCCAGGAUUUAUGGACCACUGUUAUAGACAUGAAGUGGAGGUACAAACUUACUCUGUUUAGUGCAACAUUUGUGCUGACCUGGUUCUUGUUUGGAGUUGUUUUUUAUUUAAUUGCAUUAGCCCACGGAGAUUUAGAUUUGGAUGAGUCCAAAACCAACCCCACUCCCUGUGUUAUGAAUGUUGACUCAUUAACGGGAGCAUUCCUUUUUUCACUGGAAUCACAGACAACUAUUGGUUAUGGGUUUCGAUAUAUCACAGAGGAGUGCCCACACGCUAUUGUCUUCCUGGUCAUACAACUUGUCAUCACAACACUGGCUGAGAUUUUCAUUACUGGAACAUUCCUUGCCAAAAUUGCUAGACCAAAGAAACGGGCUGAAACAAUUAAGUUCAGCCACAAUGCAAUUAUUUCCCAACACAAUGGAAAACAAUGUCUUAUGAUACGAGUAGCAAACAUGAGAAAGAGUCUGUUGAUUCAGUGCCAUGUUACUGGAAAACUUCUUCACACUUAUGUGACCAAAGAAGGAGAAACAAUUUUACUUAAUCAGACCAAUGUUGCAUUUCAAGUUGAUUCUGCCACAGAGAGUCCUUUUCUUAUAUUGCCAUUGACAUUUUAUCAUGUAAUUGAUGACAAAAGUCCUUUUAAGGGUGUCAGUCCUUCAGACAUUGAAGGGAAGCACUUUGAAUUAGUUGUUAUUUUGAAUGCCACUGUGGAGUCAACCAGUGCUGUUUGUCAAAGUAGAACAUCUUACAUGCCAGAGGAGAUACUUUGGGGCUAUGAAUUUACGCCAGUGGUUUCAAUAUCAUCAUCUGGAAAAUAUGUUGCUGAUUUUACUCAUUAUGAUCAUGUACGAAAAGUGACAAGUUUAAAUUCCCACUAUUCAGAUCCUGAAAAACUGAGAUUGGAAGAGGAAUACCGAAGAAAUGAACAGAUUGAAAGAGAAAAACAAACAACUCAUCUAAGCAAUGUAUAGUUUUCACUGAUGGUAUUUUAUUUGUUAGCAAACAGUCAAAAACAAUCACUAUAAAAGACAAUUCUAACAAUCAGAAUGAGUAUUGAAUGCUUCUGUAACUACUCCUGUCUUAUUUCUUUAUUCAUGAAACUGUGAUUUUUUUAUGAACAAUAAUAGCAUCUGUCAAUACAACUGUAGAUUAUUUUUAUUCACUGUGUAUUGGAAAACAGUUGUGAAAUUUUGAUUUUAAGGAUUUAAAAUUCUUGGGAAUGCAUCAGGCAGCUGAUUUGUCAUGUUAUUGUAGUAGGAAAUGCAGAAAAAUCUGAUUAUAUUAAAUAAAUCUUUUUUGUAUUUAAUAAUAUAUCCAUAGGAAUAAUAUCCAAUGAUGUCAAUUCAUGGAAGUCCAGCAAAUAUUUUCCUGUGUAUUGUUUUCAAAUGUUUAGAGAUAUUCAGAAGUGCUUAGUGAUUUUGUGAAGUGAAAUCAACCACAGUCUGGUGGGUUUAUAUUUUCACAAGAUGAACAGAACAUGGUUAGAUCCACAUCUCAAGUAUAGGUGUUCACACCAAGCAUGUUUGAUAUAUAGACCUAGACUGGGAUUCAGAAAGGGCUACCACCAGAGCAGUAGUGGUAAGCCCUAACACGGGCAGCCAACCACUGGUGGAAGCCCUUUCUGAUUCAGAGGCAGGUAUGCUACAAUGAUUUUGCAUGGUCAGUAGAAGCAUUGUGGUAGACCAUGUCUACAGCCAUGCCACAUACUAAAGAGGCAUUAUGGAGGAGUGGCCUAUGGUAAUUAGUCAUGUGCUCUUUUCCUCGGAAAUGCCAAAGGGAAGAGAUUUAUGCAGACUAGAGUGAUUCAGAGACUGAGCACAGACAAAAUGCUGCAGUCUCCGCUAUAAUCAAUAGGAGAUACCUUAUAGAUAGGAGUCAGGAGGAGGAGAUUGUAGUGGAGUAACAGUGG